AUGGGGAGGACAAAGAAGCACGGGAGGGUAUCGUCUCAAGAGCUGACCGAUCGUCGUGACUUUCUCCACGCUUCUCAUAGGCGAGGUGAUCAUGAUAAGGAUGUGUCGAGUGCUCGGAAGGCAGCUCGGAAGGUGACCCCUGAGGUUCCCGCUCAGCCGACUCCGGAGGUUCCUGCUCAGCUGACUCCGGAGGUUCCUGCUCAGUCGACGCCUGAGAUUCCUGCUGAGGCGACGCCUGAGGUUCCUGCUCAGGCGACUUCAGACGUGCCUGCUCAAGUGACUCCUGAGGUUCCUGAUGUGGCGAGUCCUGAGGUUCCUACACAGCCUGCUCAACCGACUCCUCAGCCUAUUCCUGAGGUUCCUACUCAGGCGACUCCUAAGGUUAGUGCUCGGCCUACUCAGGAUCCAUCUCCUCAGCCACUCCCCGAGGUUCCUGACCACGAUACUGCUGAGCCUUCCACCUCUCGACCUAAGUGUGCUGCAGUCGAGGAGGAGUUGGAGUUGGAGUCUGAGCCUGAGCCUGAGCCUGAGGCUGUUGUAUAG